AUGUUCCGUAAGGCUGUCCUCGUUGCAGGAUUCCUUGCGGUAGUCUCGCGUGUUGACGCGCUCUGGCCGCUACCUACCACUCUCUCCGAAGGAACGAGUGCCUUGCGUCUGUCGUAUGGCUUCCACAUCGCCGUGUCGCCCAGCGUGGGCUUCCCGCCCUUGGACCUCACGGAGGCGAUCGUGCAGACGCAGACGUACCUUCUGACCGACGAUCUCGGUCGGCUUGUCGUUGGCCGCGGCGCGAGCGACGUCAGCGCGUUCGAGACGGCGGCGUACCUCUCAGAGCUGACGCUGACGCUCAAGCCGGGAUCGGAGGUCAACUCCAUCACCACCGAGGCCCAAAAGCCCAUCGAGGAGCGUGACGAGGCAUACACCUUGUCUGUGCCUGCGAAUGGCAGUGCUGCCGUCAUCGAGGCUACGUCGACUCUGGGCCUCUUCCGAGGCCUGACUACGUUCAGCCAGCUUUGGUACACAUACGAGGGGACGAUCUAUGCUGUCAACACCCCGGUCGAAAUUGAUGAUACCCCCGCUUACCCCUACCGCGGUCUGCUCUUGGACACAGCACGUAACUACUUCCCUGUUGCGGAUAUCUUGCGCACCCUCGAUGCCAUGAGCUGGGUCAAGAUCAACGAAUUCCACUGGCACGUCGUCGACAGCCAGAGCUUCCCUCUUGAGAUCCCGGGAUAUGAGGAGUUGGCUACCUACGGCGCAUAUGGCCCAGGUAUGGUCUAUACAGCUGCCGACGUCGAGAACAUUGUCUCCUACGCUGGUGCUCGCGGGAUUGACGUCCUGGUCGAGAUCGACACGCCGGGUCAUACCGCCGCCAUUGCUGAUGCCCACCCGGACUAUGUGGCCUGCAAUGACGCUCGUCCCUGGGCAGACUUCGCGAACGAGCCCCCCGCUGGUCAGAUCCGCUUCGCCACGCCCGAUGUUGCGUCUUGGACUGCAGGCCUCUUCACGGCGGUCUCCAAGAUGUUUCCCUCGUCCAUUGUCAGCACCGGCGGUGACGAGAUUAACCAGAACUGCUACGAGAAGGACGAACCGACGAUGACGAUCCUGAACGCGACCGGAGAGCCGUUCGCGGAGGCGUUCCAGAACGCAUUGAACGACUUUGUGGGUGGCACGCACAGUGCUUUGAAGAGCGCUGGAAAGACGCCUGCUGUCUGGGAGGAAAUGGUUCUUGACUUCAACCUGACGCUCGCCGAUGACACCCUUGUACUUGUCUGGAUCUCCUCGGAUGACGUCAAGGCUGUUGCCGACAAGGGCUUCCGUAUUAUUCAUGCUGCGUCCAAUUACUUCUACCUGGACUGUGGCGGUGGUGGCUGGGUCGGCGAUUAUCCCGCAGGCGAUAGCUGGUGCGACCCUUUCAAGACUUGGCAGUACUCGUACACUUUCGAUCCUCUGGCCAAUCUGACGUCGGACCAGUACCACCUCAUUAUGGGCGGUCAGCACAACCUCUGGACCGAGCAAUCCAGUGCGUCCAACCUGGACCCCAUUGUCUGGCCGCGUGCUGCGGCAUCCGCCGAGCUCUUCUGGAGCGGCGCAGGGGGAAACGUCACUGCCGCGCUCCCGCGUUUGCAUGAUGCCUCGUUCCGCAUGCAGCAGCGUGGCGUGAACUCGAUCCCGCUCCAACCGCUCUGGUGCGCCCUCAGGCCGUUCGAAUGCGACCUCACCUGGUAG